UGCUUUUUUAGUCUGUGGAUUUAUUUAUGUUUUAUUCGGCUGCCAAUUUGUUACAAUUUGUAUUGAUUUGUGUAUUUUGAGAGAUUUUGUGUUAUUUAUUGUUUAAAGCGUGGUAAUGUUAUUAUUAUUAUAAGAUAAGUGGAUACCCUAAGGCUAUUUUUCUCGUCUUAGAUCCAAAAUUAAAUAAAAAACUAAAAGUGGGUAGAUAAAAUAGAUAUGUCUACAUAUGAAGCAAGUUACACCACAUGCUUCGGAAAAUAGUUUUUGUGUAAUUACAAUAUAAACAUGGCAUUUAUGUGUUACAUAAUAAUGAUAUUAUUGUGAUAUUUAAAAUGAUGGCUUCGAUGGCCCCGGGUGGGCCUGGGGACCCACAUACACAAAUGAACACAUACCGCAGCUAUGUGACUAUGCUGGCCGAUCUCGGCGCUAAAGAUGAAAUUAAACUCAAGGCGGCUCAGGAACUCAGCGAAAAUUUUGAGGUUAUUCUCAGUUCACCUCAGUACCCACAGUUCUUAGACCACUCUUUAAAGAUAUUCCUCAAGAUACUACAGGAUGGAGAGCCACAUUUCAUUGCAGAGUACAACAUACAGCAAGUGAGGAAAUUAAUUCUGGAAAUGAUCCAUCGCUUGCCAAUCAGUGAAACUCUUAGGCAAUAUGUGAAGAGUAUACUUAUACUUAUGCUAAAGUUGAUGGAAAUAGAAAAUGAAGAGAAUGUAUUGGUCUGCCUGAAAAUAUUUAUGGAGUUGCAUAAACAGUACCGGCCAGCUUAUAGUACUGAUGUUGAUAUCCACAAGUUUCUUCAAUGGGUAAAAGGAAUUUACUCAGACUUGCCAAAUCAUCUUCCGAAAAUAUUUGAACCCAAACCCACAAUACGAGUGAAGGACUUAUCAGAAGUGAAUAUUGAGCAGCUAUUGCAGGAGACAUACACCACCACACCAAUACAUACAGAGAAGAAGCUGCUUGAUGGCAGUGUUGUGACUUAUAAUCUCAUUCCCAGAUCAGUGUUAUCACUGAAAGUUAUACAAGAAUUGCCAAUUAUAGUGGUCUUAAUGUACCAAUUGUACAAGCAAAAUGUUCAUCAAGAAGUUAGCAAUUUUAUUCCACUCAUAAUGGAAACUAUUACUUUGCAACCAGCUGCUAAUCACAGGCUCUCUGCAUCGUUUAACAAAGAAGUAUUUGUCGAUUUCAUGGGUGCACAAAUCAAGACUUUAGCAUUCUUAGCCUACAUCAUAAGGAUAUACCAAGAUACCAUAGCCAAUCAUGCCAAUUUGAUGGUGAAAGGAAUUAUUGGUUUAUUGACUUUGUGCCCUCCUGAAGUGGCACAUCUUAGAAAGGAAUUGGUUAUUGCCACGCGCCAUAUUCUCGCCACUGAUUUAAGGCUGAAAUUUGUUCCGUACAUGGAGCGUUUAUUUGACGAAGAGGUCCUGCUCGGCGGCGGGUGGACAGUGCACGAGUCCCUGCGCCCACUGGCGUAUUCAACGCUUGCUGACUUGGUGCAUCACGUGCGCCAACACCUCCCUCUUACUGAUUUGGCAAUAGCAGCUCAUUUAUUUUCUAAGAAUGUUCACGAUGAAUCUCUUCCGACUAGUAUCCAAACUAUGUCAUGUAAGUUGCUGCUUAAUCUGGUUGAUUGUAUACGGCAACGCUCAGAGAGCGAAGGGGCGGCCGCAGCUGGUACUCAGCCUCAAGGACGACAGCUGCUCAUGCGCAUUUUAGAGGUGUUCGUACUCAAAUUUAAAACCAUAUCUAAACUGCAACUACCAGCUCUGAUGGCGAAAUGUAAACAAGCAACACCACCACCUAAUGGUACUGCCACCAAUGGCACAGCACCUAGUACUCCCACGACACCUGUGGUACCAGCCCCCGCCACUCCAGCUGAGCCGAAAUUAGACGAAGACAAAACCUCGCCAGAUUUCCUUGAUAGUCUUGCAAAGAGUGAGGAAAAGUCUAAAAUAGGAUUCCCUACGUCGCAAAUGAGCAAUUUGAACGUGGGAGACUAUAGGACCUUAGUGAAGACGUUGGUAUGUGGUGUGAAGACUAUCACCUGGGGUUGUGCGUCGUGUAAGACAACGACAACCACAGAGGGCACGUCGACGGGCGCCAUCACGGGCCAGAAGCAGUUCAGCGCGCGUGAGACGCUGGUGUUCAUCCGCCUCGUGCGCUGGGGGCUGCAGUCGCUCGACAUCUACACCCUCGCCGCGCCGCGUGCGCCUGCGCACACGCCCGCGCAGCCACACGUGCGUUCCAAGGAGGAGAAGGAGGUCCUGGAACACUUCAGCGGAGUCUUUUCAAUGAUGAAUCCACAAACGUUCCAAGAGAUAUUCACGGCCACCAUUUCUCACAUGGUAGAAAGAAUUAAUAAAAAUACAACACUGCAAAUCAUUGCCAAUACGUUCCUGUCGAACCCUGCUACCUCGCCGAUAUUCGCAACCGUUCUUGUCGAGUAUCUUCUCAAAAGAAUGGAGGAAAUGGGCACGAAUGUAGAGAGAUCGAAUCUAUACCUGAGACUGUUCAAAUUAGUAUUUGGUUCUGUCAGUUUGUUCCCUACUGAAAAUGAGCAGAUGUUGAGACCCCAUCUACAUAGUAUUGUAAACAAAGCGAUGGACUAUGCCAUGACGGCAAAGGAACCUUAUAAUUAUUUCCUUCUUCUAAGGGCAUUGUUCCGUUCUAUCGGCGGUGGAAGUCACGACUUGCUUUAUCAGGAAUUCUUACCAUUGCUACCUAACUUGUUAGAAGGACUGAAUCGCUUACAGAGCGGACUCCACAAGCAACACAUGAAAGAUCUGUUUGUUGAGUUGUGCUUAACUGUUCCGGUGAGACUCAGCAGUCUGUUGCCUUAUUUACCGAUGUUGAUGGAUCCGUUAGUGUCGGCGUUGAACGGUUCUCACACGCUCAUAUCUCAGGGUUUACGUACACUCGAACUUUGCGUGGACAACCUGCAACCAGAUUUCUUGUAUGAACACAUACAGCCGGUGCGCGCCGACUUGAUGCAAGCGCUUUGGCGGACAUUGCACAACAACGAAGUCGCCCGAAUAGCGUUUAGAGUGCUCGGCAAAUUUGGAGGUGGAAACCGUAAGAUGAUGAUCGAACCCCAGAGGUUAGAGUAUCGCGAGACAGACGCUCCCCCGCCUGCCGUGCAGGCUUAUUUCCAAGACCAACCCAAGCCUAUUGAUUUUGAAGUUGACAAAGUAAUAGAGACCGCAUUUUCCGCCCUCAAAUCAAGUACGACCGAUCCCUUUUAUAGGCGUCAGUGUUGGGAAGUGCUCCGCUGUUAUCUGACUGCGUCGCUCAACCUCGACGAUGACAGAGCUACGCUGCAGAAACUGUUCAAUCACCCGAGUUUCCUCGAUGGCAAAAUUCAGGUUCACAAUGGACCGUAUUACAAGUGCAGUAACAGUAUCGUGAGGAACACGCAUCGUACGGCGUUAACGGGUAUGUUUGUUGCUGCGGCUAUUAAAGAGCUUCGACAUCACGUUUUGCCCACAAUGGUGUCUUUAGUAAGGCAUUACACAAUGGUAGCAAUAGCGCAGGAAGCGGGUCCAUUCGUGGCCUCAUCAGCUCCUAAAGAGGGACUUGAUGCAUUAGUUUUAGUGGACGCGAUAGCCGUUGUAAUGGGUCAUGAAGAAAAAGAGUUGUGUAAACCAGGCCACUUAGCUUUGGUUCUGAUGAUCAAUACUGCUGCGACGGUUCUAGGCAGCAAGGAACGCGCUUGUCGUUUACCGCUCAUGGAGUACCUCGCUGAACGCAUGUCAGCUCUCUGUUACGAGCGCGCAUGGUACGCCAAACUAGGAGGAUGCAUUGCGGUAAAGUUUAUGUUCGAGAAGAUGGCGCCCGAAUGGGUGUACAAACACGUGUUUACCUUUUUAAAGGCGGUUCUGUUUGUGAUGAUGGAUCUGACGGGAGAAGUGUCGUCAGGGGCCAUUGAUAUGGCAACAAUGAAUCUCGAGCGACUAGUGAGGAUAUGUGUGUUGGGCCCCGGUCCGCCGGGGCAGAUGCCGGAGCCGGAGGGGGAGGUGGCGGCGGCCAAGGCGCGUGCGCUUCACGACGUGCUGCAGGAACUCGUGCUGCAAGUCACCAGUCCGCAUCUACUUGUACGGCAACAGGCAAUGAAAUCCUUAGAACUGAUAGCGGAACUGCAGAAGAAGACAGUAACAGAGGUGAUGGACCCGCAUAGAGAAGUGCUUGCGGAUAUUAUACCUCCUAAGAAACAUUUGCUGCGCCAUCAACCGGCCAAUGCACAGAUGGGUCUUAUGGACGGAACCACGUUCUGUACUACUUUGAAACCGCGCCUUUUUACUAUCGACUUGAACAUAAAUGAACACAAAGUGUUCUUCCGUGAGCUGAUAUCGUUAUGCGAGGCGGAAGACGCGAUGCUGGGCAAGCUCCCGUGCUACAAGGGCGUCAACCUCGUGCCGCUGCGAGCCUCCGCCCUCCGGGCUCUGGCCGCCUGUCACUACAUACAGGAGAAACACUGCAGAGACAAAAUAUUCAAUGUGCUAUACAAGUCGCUUGAAAAGAACGAUCCCGAGUUGCAACAGGCCGGAUUCGAAUGUAUGCAAAAAUUCCUAUCAGGUUUCCAAAUCGAUAUGGAAAUAGUCCAUCCCGUGAUGCGGCCAUUGUUACUGACGCUCGGAGACCACCGCCAUCUCAGCGUGAAUGGCGCUAAACGUCUCUCAUAUCUGACGCAACUUUUCCCUUCAACAUUCAGUGAGAAGCUUUGUGAACAACUUCUGCAGCUGUUGAAGAAGCUAUUGGACUAUUCUAUACAGACAAAUAGAGGUGGCAACUUCCUGCAAAGUGUAUCAAAGAACAUGGAAAACGAGCAGAAGAUAAUAAUUCUGAUAGGCAUAUUCCACCAAAUACCGGCCGCGUCGCCGCGGUUCAUCGAUGUUUUGUGUCGACUUAUCUUCCACACUGAAAAGUCACUCAUGAUCGAGGCCGGAUCUCCGUUCAGAGAACCACUCGUGAAAUUUCUAAUGAGAUACCCGAAAGAAACUCUUGAUCUCAUACUGAGCGACAACAAUAUAAAAGAUCAGCAAUGGAGUCGAUUCUUGGUAUUCCUCAUCAAGCAUCCCGAUGCUGGAUCGGCGUACAGAGAAGCACUACAGACAUCAAAGAAACCAAGGCUAAUGCAACUGUUAGCAGCGAACACUAGCGCAACCGCCAGUUCGUUAGCCCAAACAGAUAAAACAGAGAUGCAGUUCCAAGCUAUAAGGGUUAUAUCUUUACUGAUCAAGUUCGAUGAUCAAUGGCUCUCGACUCAGCGAGAUCUCGUCGAACUAUUGAAACGUAUAUGGUGCAGCAAUCAGUAUCAUGAGAUCCACAAGAAAGUUGAGAUUGUGGACUGCACUCAUUGGAAGGAACCGAAAUUGAUAGUGAAGAUACUGUUGCAUUAUUUCUGCCACCAUCCAAAUGACAUAGAUCUCUUGUUCCAAUUGCUGCGAGCUUUGUGCGACCGGUUUAUCCCUGACUUCCAGUUCCUUCGAGACUUCCUAGAGAACACAGUAGCGCAAAACUACACAGUGGAAUGGAAACGCUUGGCGUUCUUCCGCUUCGUGGAGCAUUUCUCCAGUGACGCCAUGUCGCAGGACCUCAAGGCUAAGGUUCUGCAGAUGAUACUGAUCCCUUGCUUCGCGGUCAGCUUCGACAAGGGACAGAAGAUCGUGGGCGGACCGCCGGCGCCCUAUCAGGACAACCCUGAUAACGUGGUGUCGGUUUUUAUUAACAAUGUAAUCGACCCAGAGAAUCCGUUCGCAUGUUCGGACGCGGUCCGCAUAUCGCUGCUGCAGUUCGCAUGCCUGCUAUUAGAACAGGCGUCCGCUCACAUCCACGACGCGAACAACAAGAAGCAAGGCAACAAGCUACGCAGGCUGAUGACCUUCGCGUGGCCUUGCUUACUCGGCAAGAACUAUGUUGAUCCUGCUACUAGGUAUCAUGGCCACUUGUUGCUAAGUCAUAUUAUAGCUAAAUUCGCUAUCCACAAGCGGAUAGUCUUGCAAGUGUUCCACAGCCUGCUGAAGGCGCACGCGGUGGAGGCGCGCUCCGUGGUGCGCCAGGCGCUGGAGAUCCUCACGCCCGCCAUGCCGCAGCGCAUGGAGGACGGCAACACCAUGCUCACGCACUGGACCAAGAAGAUCAUCGUCGAGGACGGACACUCCGUGCAGCAGCUCUUCCACAUACUGCAACUCGUUGUCAGACAUUACAAGGUGUACUACCCGGUGCGUCACGCGUUGGUGGGGCACAUGGUGAGCGCGAUGCAGCGCCUCGGGUUCUCGGCCACGGCCUCGCUGGAGCACCGCCGGCUCGCCGUGGACCUCGCCGAGGUCGCGCUCAAGUGGGAGCUGCAGCGCGUGCGCGACCACUCGCCAGACGACAAUGUUGUGGCGAUGUCUCCCGGCGGUGCAAUGAAGCGCAUAUCCUCCGACGAGAGUGGCUCGGAGGCCCGCAAAGCGCUGAACACCGGCUGGGCGAGUCCGCAGGCGAGCGUGUCGCGACACGAGCCCGACGCCGCCAAGCCGCUGGACAGGCAGCACGUCGACGUCGUCGUCAACUUACUGCUGCGACUCGCUUGCCAGCAGGUGAACGAAGGCAGUGUGACGGGCGGCGGUGCGACGGCGGGCGAGCAGCUGUCCCGGCGCUGCGUGUUGCUGCUCAAAACAGCGCUCAAGCCCGACGUGUGGCCGCAUCUAUGCGAACCCAAACUUGCUUGGCUUGACAAAGUGUUUUCGAGUGCUGACUCAAAUACGGGCGCGUGCGCGAAUGCGUGCACAGCUCUAGAACUAUUGGUGUUCCUUCUGGGAGUGUUACGGCGCGACCAGAUCCUCGCCGCGCUGAAGCCGCUGCAGCGCGGGCUGGCGGCCUGCGUCGCCUCCUCUAACGCCAAGAUAGUGCGGCUCACACACAACCUGCUCGCCAAACUAACUGCCAUUUUCCCAACUGAGCCUACCGGGGCUGCGCAGGCGUCGAAGUUCGAGGAGCUGGAGACGCUGUACGCGUGCGUGAGCAAGUACGCGUUCGAGGGCCUGGCGGCGUACGAGAAGUCCGCGAGCGGCGGCGGCGUGAGCGCGAGCGGCGCGGGGUCGGGCGGCGCCGGCGCGCUGCUGGGCCCGCUCAUGAUGCUGAAGGCGUGCUGCUCGUCCAGCGCCGCGUACGUCGACCGCCUGCUCAUGCCGCUCAUGCGCGUGCUGCAGCGCAUGGCGCGCGACCACGUCGCCACCAACCCCGACGCGGCCAUCGCUGAUCUACUCAUUUUAGCCUUGGAUUUAUUGAAAGCUCGUGUGUCUGUAAUGCCAGGGGAUACUAAAAAAACUUUCAUCGGCACGGUGCUAGUGGGACUCAUAGAAAAAACAUCAGAUCCAAAAGUUAUGAAAGCAAUAAUCCGCAUGGUGGAAGAGUGGGUUACGUACAAGGGUUCGCCAGCGAGCGCCGGCGCGCCGCCCACGUUGCGAGAGAAAUCGAUAUUGCUCGUUAAACUAAUGCAAUAUGUAGAAAAACGAUUCUCCGACGAUUUGGAACUUAACGCACAGUUCUUGGAACUAAUUAACUAUGUAUAUAGAGACGAACAUUUAAAAACGACAGAGUUGUCUAUGAAACUUGAGCCAGCUUUCUUAGCGGGUCUACGUUGUCCUCAACCGCACAUCCGCGCGAAGUUCUUCGAAGUGUACGAUCAGAGCGUGCGAAGGAAGAUCUUCGAUCGGUUACUGUAUAUCAUCUGCUCGCAAAACUGGGAGCAUAUCGGACAACACUUCUGGAUAAAACAGUGCUUGGAGCUGCUUCUUGUCACUUGUGUGUCUAGUACUCAAAUUCGACUCUCUAACCCAAAAUAUCUAUUACCGAGCAUCACAUCAGUUAUCAAUACAGCCGACAGCGAAGACCGGAAGUCGUUCUCGAUCUAUAGUAGCGUGAAAGAGGAAUCGACGGAUGGGUUCAGUGACACUAUAGACCCCGACAAAGAGGAUGUUCUCGAUAUGGAUCUUGACUCUAGUUCGAAUCAAAAGGAAGAUUUCACAAAGAACGUGCCAGAUAGGCUGCGCACGCUGAGCCAGAUCGUGGCGAAGCAGUCGGAGUUCCUGGAGCUGGCGCGGCGCGUGCGCACCGAGCAGCUCGUGGUGUCGGCCGCGCAGCUCUGCCACAUGGACGACGCGCUCGCGCACCACACCUGGCUGCGACUCUUCCCCAAGCUCUGGACCACCCUGGACGAGAGGCAGCUCGGAACAAUCAUGAAUGAAAUAGUGCCGUUUAUAAUAUCGGGCGUGCACGUAAUUCAACGGGAUCAGCCGCUAAGCGCACUCAACACGUUUAUAGAAGCACUAGCCCGCUGUAACCCGCCAGUCAGCAUUAAACCGCCAAUGAUGAAGUACCUCGGCAAGACGCACAACUUGUGGCAUCGCAUGACACUGAACCUAGAGCAGAUGGCCAUCGACCAGGCGAGCGGCCGCGUGCCGCGCGAGCCUCUCGACAUAUACGACUACGACGUCGAGACCACAACACCCACUGAAAUAUUAGACUCGCUGAGCGACAUGUAUGAGCUGUUACAAGAGGAAGAUAUGUGGUCCGGCCUGUGGCAGAAGCACGCGCGGUACAGAGACACCAAUGUUGCGAUCGCUUAUGAACAACAGGGCUUCUUCGAACAGGCACAAGCUGCCUACGAUGUCGCCAUGGCUAAACUUAAACAAGAUUACGCAGCUAACCCCGCAUCAUACAACAUGCAUAAAGAGUGCACGCUUUGGACCCAACAUUGGCUCAAAUGUGCCAAGGAAUUGAAUCAAUGGGACUCUUUGUUAGAAUUAGGACUUAGCAGGAGCGGUCGUGAUCCGUUUUUGAUAUUAGAAAGUUCAUGGAGGAAUCCAAACUGGUCGACCAUGAAAGAAGCUCUAGCCGAAGUGGAGUACAAUUGUCCCAAGGAAUUAGCAUGGGCAGUGAACCUGUACCGCGGGUACCUGUGCAUCUGCGCGGGCGGCGAGCAGCAGCUGGGCGGCGUGGAGCGGCACGCGGAGGCGGCGGCGGCGCAGUGCCUGCGCGAGUGGCGCCGCCUGCCGCGCCUCGUGUCGCACGCGCACCUGCCGCUGCUGCGCGCCGCGCACCAGCUCAUGGAGCUCAGCGAGGCCGCGCAGAUACACACCGGAUUAUUACACAGUCGUCCGACAUCCCUGCACGACAUGAAAGCGAUAGUGAAGACAUGGCGCAACAGGUUGCCCGUGGUGGCCGACCCGCUGUCGCACUGGGGCGCGAUCUUCACGUGGCGUCAGCACCACUACCAGUUCAUCGCGUCGCAUUACGACUCGCAGACCGACCACGCGUCCAACCACAGCAUGCUGGGCGUGCACGCGAGCGCUCAGGCUAUAAUUCACUUUGCAAAAAUAGCGAGGAAACAUAACUUAUCAGGUGUCUGUCUGGACUCCCUGCACCGCAUAUACACAAUACCUAGUGUACCGAUUGUGGAUUGCUUCCAAAAAAUACGGCAGCAGGUCAAGUGUCACAUACAAAUGUCAUGGACGGAGGGCAAAGACGAACUACAGGAAGGAUUGGAUAUGAUCGAGUCAACAAACUUCAAAUAUUUCACUAAAGAAAUGACAGCAGAGUUCUACGCGUUCAAAGGGCUUCUUCUAGCUCAGUUGGGGCGGUCCGAUGACGCUAACAAGGCGUUUGCGGCGGCUGUUCAACUUCACGACACUUUGGUUAAAGCUUGGGCUCUGUGGGGCGACUACUUGGAGCAGAUAUUCAUACGUGACCCGCGCCAGAUAUCCGUGGGCGUGUCGGCUAUGACGUGCUUCCUGCAUGCCUGCCGACAUCAGAAUGAGUCCAAGUCAAGGAAAUAUUGCGCUAAGGUGUUAUGGAUGCUCAGUUUCGACGAUGAAAAGAACAGUUUAGCCGAGGCUCUUGACAAAUACUCAGUGGGCGUCCCACCGAUACAGUGGUUGCCAUGGAUACCACAAUUACUUGCCUGCCUUGUGCAGUAUGAUGGCAACGUUAUAUUGAACCUUCUUAGUCAUGUUGGCCGAUUAUAUCCGCAAGCAGUAUACUUCCCGAUCCGCACACUUUAUUUGACACUCAAAAUAGAACAGCGUGAGCGACACAAGACCGCUGAGAAUAUCGCGGCACAUUUACCACAUCAAGCGUCAACCUCUGCUGGCAGCAGCAAGGUGGGCGAGAGCGCAUCGUCGUCGAGCGGCGGCUCCACGGGCAGCGAGACCGGGCCCAUCAAGGCCACGCUGCCCAUGUGGCGCUGCUCGAAGAUAAUGCAGCUGCAGCGGGAGAUUCAUCCCACCGUGCUCUCAUCACUAGAGGGCAUAGUCGAUCAGAUGGUGUGGUUCCGCGAGAACUGGUACGAGGAGGUGCUGCGGCAGCUGCGCGCGGGUCUGUGCAAGUGCCACGUGGUGUCGUUCCACCACCGCGCCGCCGUCGCCGACGCCACCGUCACGCCGCACACGCUCAACUUCAUCAAGAAGGUCGUCUCCACAUUCGGCAUCGGCAUUGGUAUAAAAAGUGUUUCAAGUAGUGUAAGUGGUGCAUUCUCUUCAGCUGCAUCGGAGAGCCUCGCUCGCCGCGCGCAGGCCAGUGUACAAGAUCCCGUCUUCCAGAAGAUGAAGACACAGUUUACCGCAGACUUCGACUUCUCACAACCUAAUGCUAUGAAAUUACAAAAUCUUAUACAAAAGUUACGAAAGUGGGUCAAGAUACUCGAGGCUAAAACAAAGGUUUUGCCCAAAUCGUUCCUGAUCGAGGAGAAGUGCCGGUUUCUAUCGAACUUUAGUUUGAAAACGGCGGAGGUGGAAUUGCCCGGAGAAUUCCUAUUGCCGAAGCACACGCACUAUCACGUGAGGAUCGCGCGGUUCAUGCCUCGCGUAGAAAUCGUUCAGAAGCACAACACAUCUGCGCGUCGACUGUACAUACGCGGGCAUAAUGGAAAAAUAUAUCCAUACUUAGUCGUUAACGACUCCGGGCUCGGAGACGCGAGAAGGGAGGAGCGAGUACUACAAUUGCUGAGAAUGCUGAACCAUUAUUUGGGCAAACAGAAGGAGACAUCUAGAAGAUUCCUGCACUUUACGGUUCCAAGAGUAGUAUCAGUGUCGCCGCAGAUGCGCCUCGUCGAGGACAAUCCGAGUUCAAUAUCGUUGUUGGAUAUUUAUCGAACCGAAUGUGCAAACAGGGGUGUGGAGUACGACGCCCCGGUGGCGCGGUACUACGAGCGGCUCGCGGCCGUGCAGGCGCGCGGCUCACAGGCCUCGCACCAGGUGCUGCGCGACAUACUGCGGGAGGUGCAAGCGACGAUGGUGCCGAAGGGCAUGCUGCGCGAGUGGGCGGCGGCGACGUUCGCGGCGCCCACGGACUACUGGACGUUCCGCAAGAUGCUGACGCUGCAGCUGUCGCUGGCGAGCUUCGCCGAGUACGUGCUGCACCUCACGCGCCUCAACCCCGACAUGAUGUACGUGCACCAGGACUCGGGCCUGCUCAACGUGUCUUACUACAAGUUUGACGUCGACGAUACUACAGGCGAGUUGGACGGCAACAGGCCGGUUCCGUUCCGGUUGACACCGAACAUAUCGGAACUUUUGACACACAUCGGCAUCACUGGACCGCUGACGGCAUCAGCGAUAGCCGUGGCGAGAUGUCUCGUCACUCCUAAUUUUAAGAUUCAGUCAAUAUUGCGUACAAUUCUACGAGAUGAGAUGGUGACAGGGUACAGGAAGCGUUUAGAAGACAAGUCAGGUCUUCCAACGGCGGGCACGUCCUCCGAGAACAAGCCGGUGGAAAUGGACAAUGAGACGAUCAUAAACAUGGUGAAUAAAGCGGUGUCAGUGAUCAUCAACAGACUCAACUCUUUGGCCAUGUUCGAUGGUCCAGACAGUAAAGUGGCCACUCUCGUCACUGCGGCCAAUAGCCAUGAUAAUCUGUGUCGUAUGGACCCUGCCUGGCAUCCCUGGCUUUAAAUUUGUUCGGAUUUUUAUUUUGUACCUCAACAUAUAUGAUUUAGUACUGAAUGUAACCUUAUUAAGAUUUGUUUAAGUCAUAUAACAGAAAGGUAAGUUGAGUUAAGUUUCAAUUUAAUGUCUGAUUUUAUAUUGUUGACUUGUAUUUCUUUGUAAUGUCCAACAUUUUAAGUAAGGUGAAUUUACUUGACAGAUUGUAUAGGUUUAAGAUUAAAAACAUUCUGUAAUGUACUUCCAAAUAAAAAGAAACGGACAUUGAUUUAUAAGUCUUAUCUUAAUUAAAAGUAAAUGAUAAGGUUA